AUGUUCUCCGCCGCGCUGUGCAAGACCGGCAAACGGUGCGGAUUGAGCCGCGGCGCCGUGCUCGCAGCAGCCAGAAGCCCAGUCACCGGGCCGGAAUGUACAUCACCGUCGCCUUCACCAAUCUGUCGACGACAUGGGCAACAGCAGCAAUCGCGCAAAGCCAGCAACGGCGCCUGGAGGCCUGUAUCUGUUCUGGACGAAAUAGCACAUCGUCUCCGAGACAUGCAACAGCUGCCCUACGUCGUCGUAACCAAUCCGCACAUCAGCGAAGUCUACGACCUAUACUACAAGGCAUUUGACCAAUUCCGCAAACUAAAAGAAAUCAAGACCCUAGAGGACAACGAUAGACUGUGCGACAUUAUCCGCCACAACCUCAGGAGCCACUUGACCGUGAUCCCCAAGCUGGCAAUGGGCAUCCUCGAGUGCGGCGGGCUCAUGGACCCCCAAGAACUCGACAAAUUCAUGAACACCAUUCUCAGAUCCCGAAUAUCCCGCCGCGUCAUUGCCGAGCAACACCUCUCCCUCACCGAAACCUUCAACUCGCCCUACUUCUCGCCCGGCGCGAAGCUCUCCGAGUCCGACUUCAUCGGCGAGGUCUUCAUCAAGUGCUCCGCCAAGGAUGUCAUCACGCGCUGCGCCAAAGCCGUCACGGCCCUCGCCCGCUCCACCAACGGGCCCGACGCGCCCAUCCCCGAGGUCAACGUCGUCGGCCACCUCGACGCCAGCUUCCCCUACAUCCUAAGCCACAUCGAGUACAUUGUCGGCGAGCUCCUCCGCAACUCGGUCCAGGCCGUCAUUGAGCGGCACCAGAAGCAGCCGGACCCCUCGUCGCCCCCUCCCCCCGUCGAGGUGACCAUUUGCGAGGCCCAAGAACACGUCAUAUUCCGCAUAUCCGACCGCGGCGGCGGCAUCCCCCGCGCCGAGCUCCCCUACCUGUGGUCCUUCUCCAAGGGGCCGCAGUCGGCCAAGCACCUCGAGAAUCUCGGCCAGGUCCCCCGCAUGGCCGCUACAAUGGAGGAGCUCCACGUCCAAGACGAGCUGGGCCGCGCCGACCUCAAGGCCCCCGCCGCCUACCAGAGCUCCCUGUCCUCCCUGACCAGCCGGCCUCCCAACCUGCGCCUGGGCAUGGGCCUGCCGCUGAGCAGAGUAUACGCAGAGUACUGGGCCGGCAGUCUGAAUCUGCACAGUCUGGAGGGAUACGGCGUGGAUGCGUUCCUGCAGAUAUCCAGACUGGGCAAUAAGAAUGAGCAGCUCGUUACAAGAGCAAGCAUGGACUCUGUCUAG